AUGAUCAACUUUUUCGUCAACUGGGAAUUAUGGCAGCAGAUGACUUUCGUACUUGCCGGUGCGAUCGUCUUGGUAUUCAUUGCUGGAUUAAUUAAGCUGUGGUGGUUGAGUAGAUUUCUCAAGAAGCAUACAAUACUUGACUUAGAAAAGAAGGCCAGGCAACAGGAGAUGGAAAGGAGUGGUCUUCCGGUGGGCAGGAAAAUAGACAUUCCUUUUGGGGUACGCGCAAUCCAGAGCGGUAUCGAAGUUGACGGCAUCUGGAUCUCACGACCUAAUACUCCACUCAUCACCCCGAGUAGUCCUUCAUUCGCUUCCUCGUCGACUCUCGAGCCCGAAACCCGCUUGAAAGGAAAGGAGAAGGGAAUCGCCGUGCAUACGGCAACAACACUCGUCGAAGUUGGGCCCACGCCCGAACAAAGCCCGCUGCCGAGUCCUGCUAUUAGCUUGUCUGACCGGCGCCCCUCCACCGCGGCCGAACAAAUUCACACUAGAGCGUCCCCUCUCGGUGCGCAACCUACUUACCGACCGAAGGGCCCAUCGCGCCGCCGGACGGAUAUCACCGAAACCGUUGACGUGAAUGUAAUGAACCAAUACGAGCACAACUCGGCCAGACAUCAACUAGUCGAAACUUAUGUCCCCACGCACUCAUUCUCCAGCACCGAAUCGUCGUCACUAUCUUCCCAACAAAAGAUAAUGGUGGACCGCACUUCGAUUUCUUCAGAUGAAGGCAUCCGCCAUGCACAGACACGCUAUGUCUCUCACCUCCGACAUUCUGCGUUGCCUACACCCCGACCAAUAGUUUCCCUCGAAGAUCCAGAGCCUAUGACAGCCACCGUGGAAUAUCUCUCGUAUUCCGACCAGAGGAGGAAUCCUUUCGACACGCCAUCGUCAUCUUCCGAGGCGCAACCGGUUUCCCGCCCCCCGCUGGCUUCGAACAGACCGAUCCCUCAUCGAUCCUACUCUGGCGACUCUCACGCAAACACGUCGACGAGGAGAGUAAACGCGGGGUUCGAAGUGUUACCGGCUGGUACAUUCGGCCGACCCGACAGCCAGACGGAGACAGACGAGGGCCAGUCUAGGAGGCAAAGUAAUAAUAAGCUUCAGAAGAAGACCCGAGAUCGUCCGUCGGGGGAGACGCCGUCGCCGACGUAA